AAGCGUUACGUGAAUAUUAUCGUCCAAAAUUAUUUGAAUUAUUAGAAAAAAGUAAAAUUCCAGAUGAAGACAAUUUGUAUGAAUCAGCAUUAGAUAAUGUUACUGAAUAUGGUUGGUUGCAAGGUUUACAAGAAGUUGAAGAGAGAAUAAUAGUGAGACAUUUUAAAAUAUUACUGGCGAAUAUUCCUGUAUCUAGCGAUACAUCUGGAAAGCAAGUUCAACCCAAAGUGGAAGCUUCAAAAUCAGUAAACGAUCAAUCAUGUGUCAUUGGUCAACGUACUCAGAUCUCAUGGAAAUUCAGUGGCAUUGAGAAACCACGAGCGGCAUGGUUCUUCAAUGGUCAAACACUUCCAAUCAACGAUCGCUUUGAAGUGACUGAGACUAAUGACGGAACAUCGACCCUAUCGAUUCGUCAAGCUGAACUUGCCGAUCAAGGUGUCUAUACUGCUCGAGCAACCAAUGCUUUUGGUGAAGCUGAAGCUAAAACAACGUUGAACAUUGCUUGCAUCAAACCUGUCAUCAACGCUGAUCUCAAUGCUGCACUGCAAGCCACAAAAGGUGAAUCCAUGAUACUCAAAAUCAGUAUCAGUGGAACACCGAAACCUGACAUUGUCUGGAUGAGAGACAACAAUAAACUCACAUCCAAUGAUCAUAUUCAAGUGAUACCACCGACUGGUGAUGAUGAAAUAUACACACUGACCAUCUUGAAUAUACAACCAGAAGACCAAGGAGAAUAUUCAGCUGCGGUCUCUAAUAUUGGUGAAUCGCUGAAAUCCAAAAAGUGCAAAGUCACUGUUUCGAAAUCGCCAGAGUUUAUUGUCAAGCCGACGGCACAAAAAGUAAAACAAGGUGAGACAGCAUUGUUCAAGGCACAGAUCGAUGGAUGUCCACCACCAAAGAUCAGUUGGCUUCUGAAUGGCAAAGAGCUGAUAGCAAAAGAAGGUAUCCAAGUGCAGUUCAAUACUGCUACUGAUGAAGCCAACUUGUCUAUUUGUAACGUCAAUCUACAACAUGCUGGUUUAAUUAUUUGUCGUCUCGAGAAUCCACAUGGCUAUCAAGAAGAAACAAUUCAAUUCACUGUUCUUGCUGCACCGACAAUCACCACAGAUUUGCCAAAACAACAAGAAACUGCAAGUGGACAAGAUGUUACAUUGAAACUGGUCGUGCUAGGCUCACCACAACCAUCUGCUGAAUGGUUCUUCAAAGAUAGACCCAUUGGAACGGACAACGCAUCAAUAGACGAGGCGAAGAGUGAAUAUCAACUGUUGAUCAAACAGACAACAGUGGCACAGAAUGAAGGAGCUUACCAAGUCGUGUUGAAGAAUGAAGUUGGUGAAAUACAAUCGACUCCAUGUCUACUUACAGUACUGGAGCCAGUAAAAUUGACAAGAGUGAAACCAGCAUCGAAUGUCAUUGACUUGGAAGAAGGUAAAUCAUUUGACAUCGUCGUGGAUGUCAGUGGCAAGGAAACACCCGAAGUUCAGCUGACAAAAGAUGGAACAGCGGUGCAGUUCACAAGCAGGGAGAGAAUACGAUACAUAUUCUCAGUGGCUAGUGUAAAGCGAGAACAUCAAGGUGUGUACAAGGUGACAGCAAAGAAUAAGACCUCAAAAAAGGAAGAAACAACUGUCACCCUGAAGGUUACGGGUAAGUUUGCUUUCAUUUCCUAACUAAAUGUCACAGUAUACACUUUAUGUACACUCUCAUGAGAUGGGAACUUCUCAAUUAUCCUUGGUUGGUAUUGCGUAGCUAGAUCGGGGAUAAGUUUGUCAUACGUGUGAAAACUUUCAGUUGCAAUGUAAUGUCGAGCGAAAUUCUGCUACUGCUAUCUUUAUCAUUCAUAUUCAUGCGUAACACAUUCCUCCUAAAGUUUAUUAUUUGUGAGUUGUAUUCGAUUAAUAUAACUAACACAACGAUGUUUGAAAGAUUCUUCCAAAUAUGAUGCGGUUCGAUAAUGUGUCUUUCAUUUGUUUUGAAAAGUUCAAAUUUUCUCUAGCAAUGAAAGUUUUUGUACUGUUAGUAAAAAAUACUACACAUAUUCGGACCCAAUUGAAGCUCUCAUUGCUAAACUAAUAAAUUUAAAAUAUGAGCUGCUCAUGGUAUGAACUGAGCGAGAGGAUGGAUUUUUAAGUAAUUAUUUCCCGUAUGUGAAAGAGUUUUACCUGACAAACUUUUAGCAUUAUUAUUUUUUCGUGAUGAUUGGAUGAGGUGGCGAUGUAGGCAUCAGUGUGUGUGAGUAUUGGUUUGGACCGGUCUUCUCUCCGCCUCACAUACUCUAGUUUUUCUGUGAUUGAGAAAGCAAUGAUUACCUAGAAAAUAGUAAGUGCUGAUCUUUGGUUCGCUUUACGCUAUCACAAAGGUUGGAAGAGCUAGUGAUAAUUUCUAAACUGAUACUCUUUAUGACGUAUCCAAAAAAAGACUUAUUGGAAAAAGCUAUUAUUUUUCUGCUCCAAAGUUCUUGACAAUAUUUUACUCUCUCGGAAAGGAGAAAAGAAAAGUUCCGCCCAGGGACGCAUGUCAGAGUCUAUAUCACUCAUUAUCUUUAUAAAUUUAUCUAGUCUUGCAUGAGAAGAGUUCGGACUGAGUGUCGUAUCUCAUUAAAAUCAUUGACUUUUGAGUAUCGAAUGCACCAAUGUAGCUUUUCUUUCGACUUAGUUUGAUUAUUGAGAGACUUGUUUUUUAAAUUUCAAUGAUAACACCACAUACAUCUUUCAAAAAGUGCGUUAGUAUUUCGCACUCCUUUUUCGCCAUAACUGAAUUUCAGAUCAAAAUCAAUAGUAUAUUCGAAAUCAACACAAAAAGCUUAUUGCAUAUCUUAUACAUAUCAGUUAAAUUUUUUUCAUCAAAAAUGUAUCUGAGGAUGUGCGUAGUUUCAAUUAACUGACCAUUGACGUUACUAAAUUAGUGUAGUUAGCGAACACUGACACUAGUAUCAGUGUUCACUGAAACACUCGAAGACACCACUACAAAUAGGGCAUGUUUUGAUAGAGUUGGUGACACUAUAUUGCAGCAAAUGUGGAUGUCAGUGAAAUUUAUAUUCCAGUGCAUCCUGUGUCGGUAACCGACUGUCAGUAUUUCAGUAUUUACACGGAAACUGCACAUCGGUAAAUGCACCUUUCCAUGCUUCACAAGGUUACCUAAUUUUACUGCUGCCAUCAGAAAAAUGCCCUUUUACAGACUUAAACAAAAUAGAGAACAAUUCAAUGAGUAUUUUUAUAGAUCGUGAUAGGCCGAUUCUAAGAAAAUGAGACAUUAGGUCUUAUUUUUUCUCACAAAAAGAAUCUUCUAAAGCUAAUUCAAAACGUACAAUGGUGGUAGUACUGUAGAGCGUAUGUGAGAGUGAAAAGGAAAUUUGACACCUUCAUAUGAAGCCCUCAUAUACUCUGGCACCUGCACUCUCAUGCGUUUCAUUUACACCCGCAUCCAAACCCUGAAAGAAGCCUCUGUUUCUUUUGUUACAACCGAUGGCAUCCGUUUAUACUCAGAGUAAUUAACCAAACAGUAAAAGCAUAUUGAAAUUCUGGAAAUAUCUUCACCAUCAAAAAGGUCAGACGAUAAUCGAUCUAGGAAACGGAUAUUCAUAAAAUAUUUCAUACUUGUUAGGCUUUCACUGCUGAAACCAGUGCUAUAGCAAAUAAAGGUAGGAUAUCGUUGAAUUUAGUCUAGAAACUGAGCAUUAUUAGUGAUGACGAGAGCUAUGUGAAUAAAACCACUGCCGUUUUUCAGAUGUAUUGCGCUUACUAGAGAGACUUCCAGAUGAUAUGAUUACUUUUCGAUGAAUUCCUCUCACUUGUCUAUAGCUCGUGCACGUGAAAUUAUUCGCUUUUGGUGGAUAAACUUUAUAAUUUAUUUAUGGACUGAAAGUGUGAGUCACUUAUCAGAAUGAGAUUUCCAUUCACUUUACAUUUUGUCAUGACAUCACAGCAAAAGCAUAUGUACAGUUUUUAAAUAAAGGAGAAUGUAAGGAUUCUGUCUUUUAAGGAAAUUUCGUGUUCUCACAUUAUCUUGAGUAGAGAAUACAGCUCGAUUCGUUGAAUUCUCGCACAACUGGAAGAGCAGUUUUUCAAAAUGGCUUUUAAAAGUAUAUGAAACUACUAGAAGCUCAUUAUCUGAUUGAACAUUAAGUAAAAAUUAGAAAUAAAAUAUGAUUUUGUGAUCAUCUAGCAUUAUUCGGGAACGAAUAAGCUAAUUGUUUUGGUUCACUUUGUGGAGGGUACCAAUUUAGGUAUGAUCGUUUUCUCAUCGAACGACGACUAUACAUUUAAGAGUUUUUGGAAGGUGACAAGCAACAGAAGUUUUUAAGUCUUACCCCAUUUCGAAACAUGUUUUUGGGUUUUUUGAAAAAACAAUCACCUUGUUCUAGACGAUUGGUAAUGCUUAACCAGCAAUAUCACGUGGUGGUUAGCUUUUCUCAAGUCGUUUAAACAUAACAAGUGUUGUAACUUAUACUAACGUUUUGGAUUGUGCAGCAAAAGAGGAUUAAACAAAAGAAUCUAUGAUUAGAAAUCAACAUACCUAAAACAAGUCAACGAUAUAGUCUCGUAGCUGCCUUGGUUAAGACAACUUAUAUUCUCAUGCUAUAUGUAUAAGUGUACAUAGAUUUUCCUCGUUGGUUGGAAUCAAUCAACUUCAAUUCUAUAU